AUCGUGUGUCACCUGCUCUCGAUACUGUGGAGUUGGGCUACGUGGGGAGGCGUUGAUGUUGGAGGAAGCCUGACUUCGCUCCCCCUUGCCUAUACUACUGGAGGUCCUAUGUUCGGGCGAUACAUGGCGCCCCUUUUCUGGAACGAUUCUGUCAGCAAUGUUUACUUUGGGGCUGUUAGGGUUGCACAAGGAAGAUUGCGAUGUUUUUUCGAUUACAUCAGUGCCAAGAGCCACAGUUCUGUAUCAAAGAAAAUGUCUCAAUUGUCUCGUAUAAAGGUCCCCGGUUGUGAAUCGUUGAGGCCCGCGGAUCGGUUACUUGACUGGGGUACGGCUUGUGGAGCUCACAAUGAAGGAGAUUAACGUUAGCGGCUGUUGGGAUGGGAAGUACUAGUAAACGGUUGGCCUUUUGUCUCUACCUUGCUGGUGCAACCCUAAUUUAAUAACGCAUGUUGAUCGUCACACGAAUGGAAACAAUGGAAUGAAAUGAAUAUGUUGG